AUGUUUGACGAAAAAUUAGUCGCUUACUGAGCUCCAGGCACUCAGCAUGUCAGUGAAUAUAUUUCUAGUAGCCUUGGCAUUAAUUGGCCUGGCCCAAGGAGCCAGUUUUGGCCAGGACAGCAGGAUACGUUAUGAUAACUAUUCCGUAUACAAAGUUCGAUUCGAAACAAAAGACCAAAAGGAUUUGCUAAAACAGUUGGCUGAAGAUCGUAAUAAUUUCAGGCUAUGGCACGAGGCCAAGAAUGAGGUCCAUUUGAUGAUUAGUCCUAGCGCCUUAAAUGAAUUUGAAAAGCAAGUUUUGAGAGCCAACGUGAGUGCAGAGCUUUUUAUAGAGAAUGUUCAAGCGCUUAUCAAUACCGAGGAAGCUGAAAACUUUAUGGUCAGCAGAGAUGGCUCUUUUGGCUGGAAAAAGUACAACACCUUGGAAGAAAUUUACGCCUGGCUGGACGAAAUCUUGGCGGCCUAUCCUGUGAUAACCGAAGGAUUUGAACUUGGACAAUCCUAUGAGAACCGGACUAUUCGUGGCAUCAAGAUAUCUUACAAGUCUGGCAAUCCGGGAGUGUUUAUAGAGUCCAACAUCCAUGCCAGGGAGUGGAUCACUUCCGCCACAGCCACGUGGCUAAUCAAUGAAUUCCUCACCUCCACGGAUGAUUUUGUCAGGCAACUGGCCGAAAGCCAUGAUUGGUACAUUAUUCCUGUGCUCAACGUGGAUGGAUUUGUUUAUACUCAUGUAAAGGAUCGCAUGUGGCGAAAAACACGUCAGCCCUCGGCUAUUUCUACCUGUGUGGGAGUUGAUCCCAAUCGAAACUACGACUCCCACUGGAUGGAAAACGGUGGAGCAUCCGACAAUCCCUGUGCCGAGGACUAUGGAGGUCCUGCUCCCUUUUCCGAGCCAGAAAUCCAGGCCAUGGCAAACUAUGUGUCCUCCAUUAAGGACAAGAUAAAUGUCCUGAUUGCCUUCCAUUCGUAUAGUCAGCUCUUGCUUUCGCCCUAUGGCCACACAAGUGAAGAGUAUCCCCCCAAUUUCGAUGACCAGAUGGAAGUGGCCAAGGCCUAUGCCGAUGCAGUGGAAAGUCUGCCAUAUGGCACUGUUUACCGAUACGGUUCAUCUGCUGGAAUACUUUAUCCCGCUUCCGGAGCCACCAUUGACUGGGCCUACAAUGAGCAGGACAUUGACAUCACAUACACCAUCGAGUUCCGCGACACUGGACGCUAUGGUUUCAUUCUGCCACCAACCCACAUAAUUCCCAAUGCCGAGGAGGCAUUAAUUGGCAUUGUUGCUCUCCUAGAUAAGUGUGAAGAGCUGGGUUAUCUGAAGCUCAAGACUUUGUAAGUGCUGGGAAAAUUCUUGGCCCAAUAAAAUAAUAAAGAUUA